AUGCCCACACCUAAGCACGAUAUUGUGGUCGGGGUUGACUUUGGCACUACAGCCUUUGUGUUCUUGCUUAUAUUGAAGAACCCCAAUCUUCAGGAGAACCAGUGGGGAUUUCUUGCUCAGAAAGAGCCCAAUAUGAUCUCUUGGUUUAAGUUAUUCUUGGAUGAUGAUCUUGAGAUCGAGAUCGAGAGCUGGAAAGCAGAGGUAAUGGGUUGGGCAGGUUCUCGAGGGAUUAUGUCUCUUCCAAGAGGGAAAUCCUCAAUUGACACGAUCUCAGAUUACCUGGGCGCUCUCCGGGCCAAGAUCUGGGACCAUCUGAAAGAAAAAUGUACCAAUGCCGAGAAGAGCCUGGAGACAAGCACCAUCAAAUUCUGUUUUACCAUACCAGGGCACUGGUCCACAGAAGCCAGAUCGAGGAAGUGUGAUGAUGUCUGCCUACUUAUAGAGGCUGACGCUGCCAUCAUCUUCGCUCUAUCGACCUUGCAAGAUAAUGCAGGAACCUUACCUCUCAAGGGAGAUGCUAAAGUCGACACACUCAGUGCCGAUCUUCUCAAGCUAUUCCAACCCUCUGUCAGGACAAUUGUCAAUUACUUGAAUAGCCACAUGAGUGAAGCCAAUAGUAUGAAAGGAGAAGCACCAGCCAUUAAAAAAAUCUUGCUUGUCGGAGGAUUCUCUCUUUCGCGUUUCCUUCAAAGUGAGAUCAUACGUGCAUUUCCCGAUAUGACCAUCAUCACAGACCGUCAAAAUGCAUUGACGGCUGUCGUCCAGGGUGCGAUCGCAUGGGGUAGUGGCAAAGUUGAGCUACAAAGCAUGCGUAGUCCGUGCCACUUCGGGUUCUCAACCGUGAAUCCAGUCGACUUUUCCCUUCCCAUAAACUCGUGUUUGGGCUCUGCUUUCCAAAAUGGUUCAAUUGACUGGCUCGUGAAAAAGAUUAGCACCCUGGCAAUCGAUAUUUCGGGGAUAGACUUCUCCCACUCCGAGCGCUGUGAAGGAGGCGGACCCUCUGCCUGGAAGGUUAAUUACAUGAUUUCUGCCUGUCUGGGAGACACCAAUGGUACUAUCCACUUCGAUGUCUACUGGGAGAGGAUCCAUCUGAUGAAUUGGAAAUUCAAGCCUGGUUUCAUUCGGUUAUAA